CAAAUGGUCAACUUAGGAAUCCAGGGUUGUCAGGCAGUUAUUAAUGUAUGGCGAAGGGGACAGUUGUGUAGUGGCUGUGUUAGUUAGUGGUCGCGUUUCCCAAAGCUUCAUUCUCAGCUACUCUUCACCUUUAAACUCACUCAAUUUCUUCUCUCUCACCCAUCCAAAAUCUUGAAAAUUUCGUUGCAUUGCAGUGCAAUCUCUCCCAAGUCCCACCCAUUUGUGUUGUUUUAUGUGUACGCGACAAAGAAUUUACAGGAAAAAAGUGUUCUUUUUGUUACCCACAACUUCAAGAACACACUUCUCUUCACCUUUUUCCUCCAUUUUCGCCCUUCCUCUCGAUCUCCCCCACCGUUUUUUCUUGGAUGACCGGCCAGGUAUGAAAAGGGUUGUUGUGUCUCAGUUCUUACUUGCUGCCUUGAUUCUUUGAGUGAGUGAAAGAUAAAGAUGGGUUGUUUAAAUGGGUUGUGUUUUGCUUGGUGUUUGUGGUGUGGGCUUGGGGUUAUAUCAGUGGUUUGUGCUGCUUUUAGCCCUAUUGAUGGGUUCUUGAUUAGCUGUGGGAAGAGUAGAGCAGUGGAGGUGGAGGAUGGUAGGGUUUUUCAGCCUGAUUUUGGGAAUUCUAAUGUGGGUUUGUCUGCAAAAUCCCACAUUGUGGUCUCAAAUGGUGGGAAGGGCAUGUCUGAUCUUUAUGAUUCUGCUAGGGUUUUCACUGAAAGUUCUACUUACACCAUUAGAACUAAGCAGGGUGGUAGGCAUUGGCUAAGAUUGCAUUUUUUCCCUGUUGAGAACAGUGAUUAUGACUUGAAGUUAGCUGCUUUUUCUGUUGUGGCAAAUGGGGUUACUCUGCUUCAUAGAUUUUCCUACUCUAAAUUGCAAGAAAAUGGCCCUGUAGUGAAGGAAUAUGUAGUUGAGAUAGGUAGAUUGAGUUCAGAUAAUUUGGAACUUAUACUGUCUCCCUGGCCUGGCUCAAUUGCAUUUAUCAAUGGGAUAGAAGUGGUGUCUGUGCCUAAGGGUCAGUUUGAUUCUCGGGUUGUUCCAAUUCCAGAUGGCUCGCCCUCACCCUCGCCCUCUGUGAUCCCGUCCUCGAUUGCUCUCGAGACGGUUCACAGGGUGAAUAUGGGUGGCCCGAGUUUGACACCCAAAAACGAUACGUUGUGGAGGGGUUGGCGAUCGGAUUAUCCAUUUCUUGUUAAUCCGGCUGCUGCUGUGAACAUGAGCACGAACCCUAGAUCGGUCAGGUACCCUGCUGGGGUCUCGGUUGAGAUUGCACCGAAUUGGGUUUAUGCCACAGCCCAAGAAAUGGCAGAUGCCCAAGUGGUUGACCCGAACUUCAACCUAACGUGGGCGUUUGGAGUUGAUCCGGGAUUCGCUUACUUCAUAAGGAUGCACUUCUGUGAUAUCGUCAGUGAUGCUCUUGGUAAAUUGGUUUUUAAUGUUUAUGUCAAUGAAUAUAUUGCUGUGGAUUCUCUUGAUAUCUCGAGUAAGACAAUGGAGUUGUCAGCAGCAUACUUUAUCGAUUUUGUUGUCAAUAUUUCUGAGGGUUUGGAUAAACUUUUCGUUAAAGUAGGCCCUUCGACUUCAGGGAGAGUCCAGGCCAAUGCGAUUCUUAAUGGUUUAGAGAUAAUGAAGUUGAGCGAUUCUAAUCAAUGCCUUGAUGUUGGUUGUAUUGGGAUAUCUCAUAAUUCGGUGGCAUCUGAGCCUAAGAAGCCUGUGAUGGUAGUGAUUUUCGCCUGCUUAGGAAGCCUAGCGGUUUUGGUUCUCGUUUCGGUAGCUCUUUACCUCUAUUCCCGAGGUUCCAAAACAUCAGAGAAGGCUAAAGUGAACCAGGUUUCGUGGGUUUCAUGGGUUUCGUUUCGUACAAAUGUAGGAGUUUCGGAAACCAAAGUGUCAGCAGGGAGUUUUGCUUCCUCGUCGCCUUCUCCCUUGGGGCGCGUUUUCACCUUCUCUGAGAUUCUUGGAGCCACGAAGAACCUCGACGAGAGUUUGGUCAUAGGAGUGGGCGGUUUUGGCAAGGUUUACAAAGGAGUGCUUGAAAACGGGGUCACGGUUGCUGUAAAAAGAGGAAACCGGAAAUCCCAGCAAGGACUAGUCGAGUUCAGGACAGAAAUCGAGAUGCUAUCUAAGCUUCGCCAUAGGCAUCUCGUUUCCCUGAUUGGCUACUGUGAAGAGCUGAACGAGAUGAUCCUCGUGUACGAGUUCAUGGCGGGUGGACCGUUCAGGAAACACUUGUACGGGUCUGAUCUUCCCCCGCUGUCCUGGAAACAAAGACUAGAAAUCUGCAUUGGUGCUGCUAAAGGGCUGCAUUAUCUUCACACCGGGGCAUCAGAAACCAUUAUUCACCGAGAUGUGAAGACAACUAACAUCUUGCUAGACGAGAGCCUCAAGGCGAAAAUGGCAGAUUUCGGGCUGUCAAAAUUCGGGCCAGCAAUCGACCAAACUCACGUGAGCACAGCAGUGAAGGGAAGCUUUGGGUAUCUCGACCCAGAGUACUAUCGAAGGCAACAGCUCACCGAGAAGUCUGAUGUUUACUCUUUCGGGGUCGUGCUCAUGGAGGCUAUGUGUGCUCGUCCCGCCAUCAACCCCGCUCUCCCUCGAGAGCAAGUGAACAUCGCGGAAUGGGCAAUGCAGUGGCAACAGAAGGGCCAGCUCGAGCUAAUCAUCGACCCCCAUCUCGUAGGCAAAGUGAGCCUCGAGUCACUGAGGAAAUGCGGGGAGACAGCUGAGAAAUGCCUGGCGGAGUAUGGGACCGAGAGGCCUUCCAUGGGAGACGUUCUGUGGAAUCUCGAGUAUGCGCUUCAGUUGCAAGAGACGGCUUCUGGGCAAUCCAUUGACGACGAGAACAGCUCGAGUUACAUCCCAGACAUACCGUACUUGUUUCCUCGUACUGAAUCUACUGAUGAAAUCGAUGUUGUUAGCAAUGGAGAAUCAUCUGAUAUAUCCACUUCAACAGGAGUGUUCUCCCAGAUCUUGAAUCCAAAGGGAAGAUGAUGAGGAGGAGCAAAAGCUUAUAUGAUCUCAGGACUUUUAACAGUUCUUGUCAUCAUUGAACAAAUCAAAUAUUAUUUUCUAGUUUUCAGAAUAGGGAUAGCAAUUAAGUUUUAUGGCAAUAUAUAUUCUCUCUUUUGUUUUGGUUAUGACUGAUAUAACCAAUAUCUUGAAUUGAAAUUAAAUUCUGAAAUUACAAGUUGUAAGCCUAUAA